AUGAUAAUUCGCACUGCUUUCUUGAUUGAUGUGGCCCCCUAAGGCUUUUCUCAGUGUUAAGCUUCCAGAUGGCUAACUUUAAUUAAUUUUUUCCAAUAAUCACCAAAAGCUAACAGUCGUAUCAAAACAUACAUUUGUUCGAACACAAGGACGCUCGUUAUGCGAAUAAGGCAGUCUUUUGUUCAAGCCAGGUCACCAAAACAGCUUUAAAACUGAACUUCUUAGGUAACUCGAAAAUGUCGGCAAACGUAAGUACAGCCAUAAAUAACACCCAGCUUACAAACUGCUUUGCAAAGCAGUUUAAAGGUGCACGGAGAAUAGGAUACACCUUUGCUUACUGUCUCAUAUUUGUCGUUUCUGUGGUUGGGAAUAUAUUCCUCGGAGUGGUUGUUUACAAAACGAAAACCAUGAGGAAACCCAUCAACCUUUUAAUUGUGAACAUGGCCAUGUUUGAUCUUCUGUAUCCGCUGCUUCUAUUUUCUUGGGUGAUAACACAAAUGCAAACCAACUCUUGGCUAAUCAGUGGUUCUUUUGGUGAAGUUUUGUGUAAACUGGUGAUCUUUUUACCGGAAGUUUCCAAUGCUGUGUCUAUUCAGAGCCUGGUCCUAAUAGCAGUGGAUCGAUUUGGAGCUGUUGUUUUUCCCCUUCGCUCUCCGGUCAUCAGUUCGAGGCGGUGCCCCUUCUUUAUCCUCGCCACUUGGAUCUUCGCUGUCGCCAUUCAGUCGCCAUUUUCUAUUGCUCCUGGACUUGUUCAGCUUCCCUCAGCAAGUCUUAUGUGUUUGUAUCGUUGGGAAAAAGAAUUCGGAGAUGCCUCCUUCCUUAUAUAUUAUGGCCUUAGUAAUAUCGUAAUACUCUAUUAUGUUCCAAUGGUGUUGAUCAUCGUUCUUUACACGAUCAUCGUUCUCAAGCUCAAAACACAGAUCGUCCCGGGCUGUGCAACAUCAGUCAACGCUGAGCAACAACGUUUGAAAAGGGAGCGAAACGUGUUGAAAAUGGCCAUCGCCAUCGUGUCUAUGUUUGUGGUAUGUUUUCUACCCUUGACUAUCCACCAUUUUCUGGUCCUCUUCUCAGCAGAUGUGGUCAUGCUGCAUUCUUGUCGCUACGCACAGUUUGUGCGGUUCUCUUAUUUUUUGGCUCGCUCGAACUGUGCUAUAAAUCCUUGCAUCUGUUUUACUUUCAGUGGGAAUUAUCGCCAGGGUCUUAAGAAUAUCCUCAGCUGCUUUUCUUGUGGUACUAGGGCUGAUCAAGACGAACAACCUGCUGAUGUAGAAUUGAGGCCGGUAGUAUAGUGUGACAUUCUGAUAGACAAUGAAGCGAAGGAAAAAUAACAGAAGAACAAAGAACGAAGAACAAAGAACAGAAGAAGAAGAGACGUGGUACCAUUGAUAAAACUAAACUUCUGAAGAUAUCCCAGCAUUCAUACGUGCACAAAUUUUUUUCUUACGCUGAAAUCCUUAGUUUUUGGGUUUGAGGCUUGAGUGUCCCACGAAGAUGUUGUUAAGAAAACCGUCUCCUUAUAUAUGUAGAAGUGACGUCUUACCUACAGACAAUAGUUUUAUGGGCUAUUGUCUUUACAAGUACAGCACAGGAACGCGCAAAAUGAAACGAUUAUGGUUAGUUGUUUGUUGGAAAAAGCAAAGCCCCAUCAAGGGUGAGAUAAGUCCGUGGCCAUUUUUCCCUGAUGCAGCCUGUGGGUGGAAAAGGGUGGGCAAAUGACAAAGUGGAGUUCUCAGGUUGAAAGCGAACUAAAAGUGAUAUUACGGAAUAAGAAAAGAGUGCACGUAAUCUGGACAACGUUAAUGAGUAUCUAACGGUACUUCGUACUAUACUAUCAUUGGACGAUAUCCAAUAGCUCACAACCGAUUUCCUGAAUUCUGAUUAACUGUAUUUUCUAUUGUACGUUAUUUCAACAUGGCGUCCCUUUCGGCACUGACAACGUACAGUUGUAAAAACUGU